AUGGAAGGGCAAGCCGAUCUUCGGAUCCAAGGAGGCUCAGCCACCAGCAUCGCUACGUACCCCUACACGGCAGCUUUGCUCCGGUCGCCCACUGCUGCCAACUUUAGACUGACCUGCGCAGGAGUGAUUGUCAAUACGAGAUCCAUUUUGACGGCUGCGAGCUGUGUUGCUGGCGAUAGCACCUCAAGAUGGCGGGUGCGGGUCGGGUCGAGUUCCUCCAUCUCCGGCGGUCGUCUCCUGACCAUCAACCUCAUCAGGGUUCACAGCAGCUACAGAGCUGCUACCAGAGACUUUGAUAUAGCGAUGUUGAGGACUACCACUUCUUUUGUGCAGACCCAUCUGAUCAGCGCUGCGAGAUUUGCUUCAAGCGGUUAUACUUUGGUGGCGCCACAAACUGUCAUUGCUGUGGGGUGGGGGGCAACAGUGUCUGGAGGAGCUCCAGUGUCAACAAUCCGCCACGUUCGCCUGAACAUCAUCAAUCAGACCACCUGCGCUAACAAUUACCGCGGCCGAGGGGUCACUGUCACUGCAAGAGUAUAG